CAUGUUUGUUCCGUUCUUAAUCAAUGUCGUAGAGAAAAAUAAUUUUCUCCUUCGAAAUAUGACCUAACCUUUAAUCCAGAAGAUAUAAACGUUUUUCAAACACGUGUGGUAACCAGUGAUUUCCCAAUAUCCUUGCGAAAAUGCACCGUUCCUAUCAUAAUCUGAUCGUAAAUCAUUCUUCAGAAAUUGCAAAUAUUAUGGAACUGUUGCUUUUCUUAUGGAAAUUGCAAAUAUUAUGGAACAUGAUAUUUUCAUGCGGGAACGUCGAACGAAUGUGUUAUUAAUUUUUAUGGCCAUCCAAAAACUGGUAAUUUAUUUAUCGCGAUUAAAUUUUAACUGUUGCAGAGCGGAGAGUUCCUGCUUCCCUCUCUCUACACGGCACUUUAAGGUACUGUUACAAUCAAGCCAGAUUCAGCUGAUCCUUGCUAUACGCAAGAAAUUUCAGCUUAGAUUGAAUCGGGUAUAAAUGAAUGCCGUGCAAUUACACAAGUACAAUGUAAUCAGGAAACAGUUUGGAAAGUUUAGAUUGGUCAUACCUAUCUCUCUGUUUAUAAUUAUCACAAGUAUCUUUUACACGAUGAAAUUAUAGAAUGUACAUGCAGAAUGUAUCAUCUCGAUAUUUUAAACAGCUCAAAUCAAACGCUCGACAUACAUUGGACAGAAAAUAUAUGCGUAUAAAAAGUACGUCAGCACGAAAGUCUUCUGUCGAUGAAUUUAAGAAUAAAAAAACGAUAAAGUGUCCAGGAGAAAGUUACGUCCGAUACGCUUCGUUAGUUACGAAAGGAAACUCAAAGACAUUUCGUACAUAUUUCUAUACUUGUGUCUUAUAAAAUCUGUACAAACCAGCUUCCCUGCUAAUAUUUCUCAGAGCAGAUAAUGAGUGUGUAAUAAUAUAGAUUGGCUGUUAAGAAAUACAUUAUAUUAUUGAUUGUCAAUAAUACUGUAAAAUAAGUUAAGGGAUAAGCGAUGAAAGAAAAUACCAAAAGAGCUAACGUGAGUAAGAUGAAACAAAAUUUAUUAAUUAUGAAUGAUUACGCGUUGAACAAGGAUGAUGUGAUUUUAUGAUGAUAUCAAGAAUCCCGAUGCGGGACACAUAAAUUCAGAAGGUUUUUUAUGAUUUCUUGUCAUCGUCCUUGUACCAAUCCUCACAGCCGGGGACAUUUUCAGGUGCAUCGCAUCUUUGCUGGUCCUCGUUGUAGACAGUGCCGUCGCUACAACCUUGUUCACGUGGCGUUACUCCAUUCAAGCAGACAUAGAACUUCUGACAAUCAUCUGGAUGGGCAAAUUUAGGGUGAUCGACAACCAUUCCUCUAGUGUCGACCUGACUUUCUUUCGGACAUUCGAAACCAUCUUUCAACUUCUUGUCUACUACACCACAUCCCUACAGAAAUAAAUAUAGAAAUAUGUACAUAGUCUGUGCAGAGCAGAUUGUUGCUACGGACGGUAUUUACUUCUCGACCAGCGCUGUCAGGCCACACACACGUGCCACUAUAUUCAUCGAAGUGCAGUCCAGUGGUGCACGUAAUCUCGAUAGCUUCGCCGUCAAUGCAGUUGUAAAAGAUAUUGCAAACAGACGGAUCUGGAUGAGCGAAGAAACCGUUUCUUCGCGGGCACUUCUUGGUCGGUUGAGGUGGUUCUGCACCGGUGAAAGAAACAUAAAUAAUGUCGAAAGCACUUUCAUCGUUAUCGAAUCCUGUAUGUCAAGGGCAUUAAACCGCAAAAGCCAAUGACACGCAUAACGUGUCGCACUCAAUUUUAUUCCAACGAAUAUCUUCAGCACUUGAUACAGAUAUUUAUUGCAAGAGUAUAUUGUAAUAAUAACGAUGAUCUUACGUAAUUCGAGACGAUCUCCACAAUCAACGUUGAACACGUGAUCGCAUUUGUUCACUUUACGGUUGAGCGGAUCAAAGACCAAUCCAUCUGGACAAAGCUUCUCCCUGGCAAUGCCAUCGAUGCAUUCAUAGUAUUUGUCGCAUUGCUUUGAAUCCUCGUACUGGCCAUCUUUACUCGGGCAAUUGAAUGCACCGUCUGUAACAAAUUUCACAUAAAUGAAAGUGUAUCUCUUUUUAUGCAGUAAUGAAAUUUUCCCCGUUUUCUUUUCAAACGCAAUGUUUAUUUAAGAGACGCCGAUUUGUUGGUCGUCCGCGUACAUUCACAAAUAUAAAACUUUCACUUUCUUUCAUUUCUCAGAUAUUUCAACGCGACGUUUCUAUUGUAUAGUGAAAACUGCAGAGUGUUUAUGGCAAUUCGAUUGAUACUAAGAAUCACGUGAAAUAUGUACGAAUGUGCGAGCGAAAGAUCAUAGUGAAAGGUAUAAUAAAUCAGAGAAAUUAUUUAAACAGAAUAUUUUAUCACAGGGAAAUUGAUAGGGCAGAUAGAUGAAAAUGUCGACGAAAAUCCUACUCCCAGGUGACUUGUUUUCACUCUCUGUAAAGUCGAGAACGCAAAGAGAGAAAGAAACUGGAACAAAUUUCUUAAAUUUCUCCGCGUUACUCGUGGCAUUUACUUUGCAAGAUAUACCGGAAAUCAAUGCCACGCUUCAAGAAGCAUAUAAAGUAGCUUGGCGUGAAGUGCCUGUAGCAUACGCGAGGUUUUAGAAGCGGUUUCAGAAGCUGUGGCAAAUCGUGCGGCCGAGGAAUGAAGAGAAAGUCUGAGAUCUGUUUCAGUGAAACCAUUCUUUUCCUUCUCGAGUAAUUAACGCGUACUCUUUCAGUUGGAUACAUGCAAAGUAAAUUCAAGAAACUUUGCUCGGAUUACUUCUGAAUUUACAAAAAUAUAUAUUUUCAUUAGUACGAGCAAAGUAUAAAAAAGUAUAGAAAUAAUAAUAUAAAAGAAAAUAAUUUGCUUACUUAUUGGAAAUAUAAUAUAAUCGUUCGUAUGCAAAAUAAAAAUUUGAAUAAUUAAUAUUCUUUAAUAGUAAGAAGAAAUGUUUCUUUAUAAUUUCUCUUUAUCAUUUUAAGCAUGUUAUUCCAAAACGCAGUACUUACACGCUGUGGCAACUAUAGCCAAU